AUGAAGGCAGAUCUCGAGAUCGCAGGAUUUUCAAUCCUGCCCCUACACUUCCCCGCAACCCCAGCAUAUCCUAAACCGGCAACACACUACCUCUACCUCCGCGCCCAUGAGCCUCGCAUCCCAGACGCCGACACUCCCCGUUCGAUGUUCAUCGUGAACAUUCCCGUCGACACGACCGAAACCCACCUGCGCCACCUCUUCGGUACCCAGCUCUCCGCAGGCCGCAUAGAGCGCGUGGAAUUCGAGGCCGUCCCGACCAAAAAGAAGGGCAUGCAAGCCACCCCGCAAGGCAACAUCGCCAGCAGCAAGAAACGCAAGCGCGUCACCGCCGACGAACUCCAAGCACAGCUGGACGAUGUCGACCUCCCCGCUACCUGGGACCGCCAGCUCCAGAAGAGCGGGUCGCACGCGAUCGUCGUCUUCGCCGACAAGCCCAGCAUGGAGGCGAGUUUGAAAGCGGCGCGCAAGGCCGCGAAGAAGGGCACGGAGAUUGUCUGGGGCGAGGGUGUUGAGGGCGAUCGGGUACCUGCUCUGGGACUGCAGAGGUACAUUACCCACGAGCAGUUGAGGUAUCCGGAUCGGGCGGAGUUGUUACGCACCGUUAACGAUUAUAUGACGGUGUUUACGCAGGUCGCGGAGGUCAGGAAGAGGGAGGAGGCGCGCAGGGCGCAGGAACCCGACGAGGAUGGAUUCAUUACUGUUACGUCUGGACCGAAGUUGGCGGAGGCGGCUCAUGAGGAUGAGGCUAGGCAGUUGGUUGAGAAGCAGAAGGAGAAGUCCAAGGGAUUGGAGGACUUCUAUCGGUUCCAGUCUCGUGAGAAGAGAAAGGAGAAGCAGAACCAGCUGCUUAAGAAGUUUGAUGAUGAUAGGAGGAAGUUGGCGGAUAUGAAGAAGCGGAAGGGGAAGAUUGCACCUGAGUGA